CACCUGGGGACAGGGCUUCUCAGCAUUACAAUACUACUUCCAGUACUGACUUCAAACUGCGUAGCUAAUGUGGCUUUCCGAUUGCUCCUCCAAGAAAAGAAGCCAUCUUGGUCAGGCAAUCUUGAGAAGGAUGCGACUACACUCUGGGAAACACAGGAAGGCUACGAUCGCAAUGGGAACCCUCGCUUCUCUCAAAGUCACUACGCUCUCGGUGCUUUCGGUAUAUAG